CGGGUUGGCCUGAGCUGCUCCGGCAGGAGGAGGGCGCGCAACGUGCCCGCCCGGCCGUUGGCUAUGUGAGGGGAACGGCUGUGUGGUGGAGGCAGUAGCAGCUGCUCCUGACGCCCCUCUCCCCCGCGCGCUGUCCCGGACCCGCUGAGCCGUUGUGACAGUUGGGAGCGCAUUCCCCGCCCCCUCGCGGCGGUGUUUGUGUGCGUGAGCCUCCGCACGCGCCUGCAGGCUGCUGCUCGGCCGGUCCGUCCGUGGGCCCGCCGCCGCCGCCGCCCGUGGUGGUGGUGGCUGCCACUGUGUCCGCGCGCGCAGGUCUCCUCUCCUCCCUCCUUCGCAGUCCAACCAUGCGGCUCUGUGGGGCGCUUCUGAAGAGCCCCAUCCCCAAACAGAUCGAAUACUACUCUCGCUUUUCUCCAUCGCCGCUGUCAAUCAAGCAGUUCCUGGACUUCGGGCGUGAUAAUGCAUGUGAAAAAACAUCAUACAUGUUCCUGCGAAAAGAACUUCCUGUACGACUUGCUAACACCAUGAGAGAAGUCAAUUUGUUGCCUGACAACUUGCUGAAUAGACCUUCUGUUAAACUGGUUCAGAGCUGGUAUAUGCAGAGCUUUAUUGAACUUUUAGAAUAUGAAAAUAAAAGUCCUGAAGAUCCACAUGUUUUAGAUAACUUUCUAGAUAUCUUAAUUAAAGUCAGGAACAGGCACAAUGAUGUUGUUCCUACCAUGGCCCAAGGAGUUAUUGAAUACAAGGAAAAAUAUGGCUUUGACCCUUUUGUGAGCAGCAAUAUCCAGUAUUUUCUAGAUAGGUUCUACACCAACCGCAUCUCAUUCCGUAUGCUUAUUAACCAGCACACUCUGCUGUUUGGUGGAGUCACUAAUCCUGCUCAUCCCAAACAUAUUGGGAGUAUUGAUCCAACCUGUAAUGUGGCUGAUGUGGUAGACGAUGCCUUUGCAACUGCUAAAAUGUUGUGUGAGCAGUACUAUCAAGUAGCACCUGAUUUAGAAAUUGAAGAAUUCAAUGCUAAAGCACCAGGCAAGCCUAUUCAAGUGGUCUAUGUACCAUCGCAUCUGUUUCAUAUGCUUUUUGAAUUGUUCAAGAAUUCAAUGCGAGCUACGGUGGAAUUACAUGAAGGUAAAUGUGAAAGCUAUCCAUCAAUUAAAACAUUAGUCACCUUGGGUAAAGAAGAUCUAUCAAUAAAGAUAAGUGAUAAAGGUGGUGGUGUUCCUCUGAGAAAAAUUGAUCGCCUAUUUAACUAUAUGUAUUCAACUGCCCCCAGACCUAGUUUGGAGCCAUCAAGAGCUGUACCUUUGGCUGGAUAUGGCUAUGGUCUGCCAAUCUCCCGUCUUUAUGCUAGAUACUUUCAAGGGGAUCUCAAACUCUACUCAAUGGAAGGUGUUGGUACUGAUGCUGUAAUUUAUUUGAAGGCUCUUUCCAGUGAAUCAUUUGAAAGACUGCCGGUUUUUAAUAAAUCGGCCUGGCGGCAUUACAAAACCACCCCAGAAGCUGAUGACUGGAGCAACCCUAGCAGAGAACCCAGGGAUGCUUCCAAAUAUAAAGCGAAUCGAUAAACCACCAGUGUUUUCUACCAUGAUUGGGGACAGCUGCAUCCAGAAACGAGUCUCUUUGGUCCAGAUUCCAAAAUCUUCCACUCUACAGUAGCCAAUUAUUUCCCUAGACAGACCUGCUUUGAGACUGUAAUAGCAAGAACAGAGAGGACUUUAAAAGACUGACAUGAUGCAUUUUUUUGGUGUGAGUUAAUGUAAUUACUUGGCCAAAACAUGCUUGGUUAGCUGAUCACAAAUGACAGAAGAUGUUGCACUGUGACUGCAGUUAGAUUAUACAAAUGUAUAGUUAAAAGGUACUAUUUUUUAAAGAUCAGCUUCUAGUUGUAGGUAAAAAUCAUCAAAAUAGUGUUGACCCCCUUUUCAGUAGUAUCUUACACAGCAAUAUAAUGUAACAAAUAAUUUCUAGUGUAGGUAAAUAUGUGCUUAGAAAACGCACGUUACUGCAUUUUUAUAUUGCAGAGUUUAAUCCAUUAUAAAAAGGACACCACUAUGGGAGCUUUUUUGAUCUUGCCACCAACAACAGUAUACAUGUUCUUCAAACGAAAUGUUGACCUUUAAAAUGUAAGUUACUGAUUUUUUCCACAAUUCAGAAAGCUUAUUUCUUCAGUGUUGACCCAGAUUCCUGGGAAAGCAUUGAGAGUUUGACUUAGUAAUAAUUAACUUGGUAGAUUUUAUAAAAUUAAUCACCAUAAUUAUGAUUUUUGCAAAACAUUUUUCUUACCAAGCCAAAUUUGCUAAGGAACAAUAACAAGCUGAUCAGUUUUGUAUAUCUGAGACAAUUUCAACUGAUAAAGGUGUUGCGGCUUACCACAGGAGAAGAGUUAAUUCUGAGUGUGGGAUUCAUUGCAUUUUUUAAAGAGUUAACCCACCAGCAAUCUAUCCAGCCAAUAACUAAGUGGAUUAAUAUUAAUAUGUUGGUCAUUUCAAACCCAUCUAAUAUUAAAAUAAAAUAAUUAUCAGAAGAUCACAGAAAUGGUAUUGGACUAACCAUUCAGUGAAGCAUGAAUUUAAGAUGGCUAUUUUUUCUUCUUUUUCCAAGAAGGAAAACUUUGAAAUAAGUGGCGGGGGUGGGGUGAAAACUGUCUCCAGCCAAAACCCAUGACAUGUUUCAGUGAAUCUUAGUUAAGCACUGACCCUGAUGUUAUGACUCGAAGAGAAGCAGUCAAGCAAAAGAUCUAGCAACAUUUGAUAAGAACAAAGCCAGAGUGGGGAGUGAGAGCAUGAAAAUGCAUUGUAUUUUUAUGUAUAUUGUUUUGACAGCAGGAGACUAUGAACAAAAUUUCAGUUUUGAGUAUAGUUUGUUCUGAUAGGCCUAAAAAGAGAAAGAUAAUUUACACUUUUUAAAUAGAUGCUACAAACCUCUAUUUCAGUCUUUGUGCAAACAUAGUAAAAUGUUUCAUUAGCAAUUAAAACUGAGUCUCCCAGUUUCAACUGAAACAUCUGUAAGCACUGAUUUGAAACCGGUUUGGUUUGCACUCCUUUCAGACAGCACUGCAUGAACAUUAAACAUGUUUAUGAAUCUUUACAGUGUUGGCACCUAUAUGUCUUUCUGAAUUACAUGUUCAGUCUUUGCAUUCUGGAAGAAAUGAAUCUGCAUAUAUAAGAUCUAAGUAUACUUCCAGUGAUUCACAAUUUAAUUAAAAUAGAAAUUAGUCUCAGAAUAAUGGAACAGACUGAUACGACAGCAAUAUGUGAUAACGAUAUAACUAUGACCAACUUCUAGAACUUCUACUCUAUUUAGUUUAUUAAGACUAUCAUUAUUGGGAAGGCUGUUAAGACAGUUAGAUCUAACAAAGAAGUAAUUAUUUGUUCCAUGGUACAAAGUACAUUCAGAAAAAUAAUUAAUUUGCUGAUGGAUGAAAUGUGAUUAAAUUUUGUAUGCCUGUUUUAACUGUAGCUAUGCCACUUAGAUGCUGAGUCCAGUCCUAAUAUUGGCUGCUGUGAAAAGCAAUGACUAGGCAGGAAGAGAUUACAUUCUCUUGGUUCAAUGCCACAGGCUGGUUUGAGUUGGGUUUAUACAGAUGCAGUGUCAUAUCUUAAGAAUGUAGUUUCAUCACUGUUGACCUUCUGCCUGUAUAAAUCAUAUGUGUAGCAUUUGUAUAUAUACAGUAUUUCACUCUUUGGAUACAUUGUGAUCAUAUGAACAAUGUAGGACCAAACUAGUCAUAACAUAGAGUUCUGUCUCUUGAUUUGUUUGUUUAUAAGCAUAUGAAAAGCAGUAUUAGAAAGCUGUGUUUGGAAUAAAAUGCAACAGGAGCAGCGAUUGCUUAAACCUUUUAAAGAUGUGCUGUCUAUUUGAAAAUUACUUCUGUUGCUUUUCUCUCUAUAGCUUUUCUCCUGCUAGGUGGGUUUUAUUUUUUAGCAGACAAACAGCAGAAGGGAAUAGGGGUUUAUAUCUGCUGCUUCUUUUUGCUGUGAUCAACUUUCCAUGGCUGCUUUUCAUUAUAAACAAAAAAACAACAGGAGAACAUUUCAGAGAGAUGGAAUCCUGGUCACAUCUAGUUAGCCCUGUCUGAUUCACAAAAGGAGAGCAAGGAUAACAUUCUAGAGGUAGUAUCUGAUUUAUCUGAUACACACCUUUCUCAAAAACUUGGAAGAGUCAGAUAUUGCAAAAAGUAUCUGCUAAGCAUUGGUUAUUAAUAAUAAUGCUCAGCAUUUAUGUAGGUGUUCACAAUGCUUCCUGUGUAUUAUUUCAGUAAAUAUUGUGACAGUGUGGCUUCUGUAGCUCAAGUGGUACUUGCACCAUCAUUGUUGCCACUGUGUCUUACCCCUGACAAGCUAGACAGGGGUGCAAUUUCUGAGCAAAUUAUUACUCUCAAACCUACAACCAAUACAGUGGUGCAUGAUUGCUCUUGAUUACAAGAGCUAAGAAAUUUUUGGAUUCCAUGUAAUGGAAUCAGCACCUUCCUGCCCAUGUUUUAUCCAUAUUUGCAAAAUAAUGCAUCAGAGAUGAUGCCUUAAAGCCCCUUUCUGCGCAGAGGACCCGAGAGUUGCUUCUCUAUCACUGCUCAGUCUGAGAGACUGGAUCAAUCUUUCCCCUAGAAAAAAAGGUUAGAGGUUAAAUGCUAUGCUGUGGUGAGCAGCUGCUACAGUAAAUAAUAUUGGACCAUAAGUCCCAUUGUUCACAUGACACAUCAGCACCUACAUUAGAAGAGGGCCACAUUUCAUGAUGUCAGUGGGAAAUAUAUUCAGAGAAUAUUGCAGAGGGUGAAGAAGAAAAGUUACAUUGGUCAAAAUAUCAAACGCAAAAGGAUUCCUUACUAAUAGUGCAAGAACUUUAAAGAUGAGAUAACAAAACAGUGCAGUAAUUUUACACUUUUCUCAUUACAAUUUGAAAGUCUCUUUACUCUCUGCAGUGAAAAAUACUGCAGGACACUAAUCCUACUAGUAUAUGCUUCUCUUAGAAGCCACAGAAUUAUUGAUAUUUUUUGCCCAUGUUGAGUACAUUCUCCCCUUCUUGAUGGAGCAUAUUGGAAUAUAUUUAUUAUAAAGACAGUCUGUAUAAAGACUGUAUAAAGACAUAUUAGCUCUUACUAUCUUGUGUACAUCAUUCUUUCCUGAACCAUUUGACAAAUAUUUAAAACUAAUUUGAUUGCAGUUUCAAACUGAAUGCAGCCAUGUGUUCUAAGGCUCCAUUAUUGGAACAUACGUCCUUUAAAAUUAGGCCUUUAUUGUAUCAUUGUUCUGCCUCAUUCAGGGAAUUUUAAGGGAUGUCCAGACUUGUCAUCCACUUACUACUUUCCUGUGGUUUCCCAUAGCUGCUUCUGUUUUAUUCUUCUUAAGGAAGAAAUAACGAUAGAUGCACAAUGCCUUUCUCUCAAUGAUCAGACAAACUGCUAGACACCUAGAGUCCUCAAUGAUCUUGUGCUUGUUCUACGCCCCCUGCCCCAAAUAUGUGCUUUAUCUGGUACAUGUGGAUGCACCAUGCAGCUCUUUUGCCUGAACUCAGGCAUUUAGAAAAAAGAACUCAGGAAGAAGUUGUUAGCUGGGGAGAGAGAGACAGUGGGUGCUAGGAGCAAAGACAUUAAAUGUGAAAGCAUGCCUGCAACAGACAAAGCUUUUUUUCAUAGGAAAGGAAUCACCUCUUAAACUAGAACUGCAACACGAACUCUCAAAUGCCAGGAUGAAUACAGAGAGUAUGCUGCAGGAAUACCAGUGUCCCUUACUAGGGUAGUUUGGUUUCUUCUAGACAGGAGCAACUGCAGUGCCAAACCUUGAAGGGGGAGCAGUUUUAGCUGGUUUUGGACAUACAUCCUCUCUCAGAACAUCAUGCCUCCUUUGAUGCUCUGUACCCCAAUCCUCAUAUGAGAACCUAGGAUUGAAAGAUAUCUCAAAGGUCUUUCCAUCAUUGCCUUCUCGGAUGAAACUGGUCCCAAGCAAUUACUUUGUACAUUAUCUGUUGCACAGAAAUUAUGCUGCGGCUUCUGUUUUAAACCACUUAACUCUGAAGUAGUACCUAUUGACGCAAGGUACAGUUGAAUUUAGUACAAUAUCCUUCUAGUGAAGUUGAUUGAGAAGUGUCCUUUUAAAUUUCCAGAAUAUAUACAGUGUCCGUUUAAAUUUCCAGAAUAUAUAAUAGUGGUAUAGUUUAAUUAGAACUGGAUUUAGAACAGAAAAACAAUUUGCUUCAUCUUUAUUCAAAUAGAAUGGCUUGAAAAGUUGCCAAUGGCAUGAGAGAGCACUAGUUUGUCAUAUACAUUGCAUGUGGGUGUGGGUUCAAUCACUGGCAUCUCACAUUUGAAAGCUCACAUGUGGGACCUGUACUUAAGUUCCUGGACAAUCACUGCUAGUCAGAACAGGUAAUGUCGGGCUAAAUAGACCAAUGUUCUGACCAUAUAAGGGAAGUUCAUAGGAACUCAGUUGUGUAGCAAGAGUAUGAAAGAGAAGAGAAUGGUCUGUUCAAGUGGUUCUAAACAUAUGGGUUCAUAAUAACUUCCUGUAACUUGUGUUAGAAUUCCAAGUUUACCAUCUCUGUUCUUUCAUUGUAAACACUCCACCCCCAUUUCCCUUUUCAUUGUGCAAUAAAAAAAGUUAAAAUUGUAUCCUUUGUCACUUACAUAGAACUUUUCAGCUACAGCAGUAAACAUACUUGAUUUGAAGUGAAUCCAGUUGAAAGGACUUAGAUGGUAAAAUAUUUAGAUGCAGAAUGGCUGACUUUUCUGUUGUCAACUGGACAGGUUAUAUAUUAAAUUCAGAGUAUGGUAUGACCUUCUCAAAGUAUCCAAUGUUUAUCUCUGUUUUGGGGGGAAUAAAUAUCUGAUGCUUGAAGUGGUAACUGCUUGUUAGGAGAAAUCAUAGUUGCAUACAAAUACUGAUUAAAUGUAAAUACAGUUAAAAAAA